UUAAGAGCUUCAUUCAUCACAACAGCUUUGAAGGGAUACAACUGUCAUUAUCACAAUCACACAAACCCAUUUUUGUCAUUUCAUGCAACCUUCCACCUUCUCUCACUAACUACCCCUCUCUCUCUCUUUCCCCACUUCCACUUCCACCACCACCAACUCACACAGAACACAAAAACCCACACAAACUGGUGAGAAGCUGGGAAGAAUCAUCACACAGCAACACCCAAAGCUUCCAACUUCCUUGCAAUGGGGACUCGAAUCCCUUCCCAUCAGCUCAGUAGCGGCUUGUAUGUUUCGGGUCGACCCGAACAACACAAGCCCGAGCGACAGCCUCGGCCGUGACGAGCUUGGCGGAGGAGGUGAAGGUUGGGUUUAGGGUUUCUCGGGCGGUGGUGUGGGUUUUCCUGGUGGUGGUGGCAAUGGGGUUGCUGGUUGGGGUGUUCUUGAUGGUGGCGGUGAAGAAAUUUGUGAUCUUGGUGGCACUUGCGGCGGUUAUUGUUCCGGUGGUGGCUUUGACUGUUUGGAACUGUGUUUGGGGAAGAAGAGGGUUGUUAGGGUUUGUGAAGAGGUACCCUGAUGCUGAGCUUAGAGGCGCCAUUGAUGGACAAUACGUCAAGGUUACCGGGGUUGUAACCUGUGGCAGUAUUCCUUUGGAGUCAUCCUACCAAAGGAUAUCUAGAUGUGUAUAUGUCUCUACUGAAUUAUAUGAAUAUAAAGGUCUUGGUGGAAAAUCAGCAAAUCCUAAACACCGCUGCUUCACUUGGGGUUCUAGAUACUCUGAGAAAUAUGUAGCAGACUUUUACAUAUCAGACUUCCAGUCUGGGUUAAGAGCACUAGUGAAAGCAGGCUAUGGUGCCAAGGUUGCUCCCUUUGUGGAACCAAUUACUGUAGUUGAUGUAACAAAGGACAACAGAGAGUUAUCCCCGAACUUCUUAGGCUGGCUUGGGGACCGUAAACUCUCUAGCGAUGACCGUAUAAUGCGCCUCAAGGAAGGGUACAUCAAAGAAGGUAGCACCGUAAGUGUGAUGGGAGUUGUGCGUCGACAUGAUAAUGUGCUCAUGAUUGUUCCUUCCACAGAACCUGUCUCAACAGGUUGUCAAUGGAUCCGCUGCCUCUUGCCAACCUACGUUGAGGGUCUUAUCCUGACAUGUGAGGAUAAUCAAAAUUCCGAUGUUAUUCCCGUUUAGCAUCCUCUGUCUAAUAAGCUUCCACGGAAACUGAUGUCUUAAUACCAAAAAUGUAGUUAGUGAUGGUGGAAUCCUACACUACAGGUUAAACAACUAGUUUUCCACGUGCAAUCUGUGUAGAUCAUUAAUUUGGCUCGGGAAGAAGAUGCAAAGACGACUCUGAAGCCGUCAUAAGAAUCAGAAUAUAAUCAGAUUAAUAUCACUUGAGGAAGGGUCAAAUGUCAAGUAGAAGCAGUAUGAGAGUCAUAUAUAUCAGUGUAUGAAGAAGUUGCAUAUUGUCUUAUUUAUUAUGCUUAAUUUUAUGUACAUAGGUAGGAGAUAUGCCCGAAGGGGCUCGAAGUAGUUGCUCUCAUGUUUGGAGUUUAGUGCUAGCAUGAAUGUAGUUGCUCUAUUGCUAAAAUAUUUGGUACAUGUCAAGUGUGUUAACCUGUAUUCUUCAAGUUAGUAUGUUGUAUUAAGCCUAUGACCUAUGUUAGUAGCUGUAAAAUUGAAGCAUCAAUCCUACCACUGAUAAUCUUGUAUAAA